AUGCGUCAAUCUACCUUAAACUGUGAUUAGUUGGAGGAAUAUCUGCCGACGCUUUCGGCAACGCAGGCCGAUCAACAUGCAGCUGAGGAGGAGGAAAUGGACGUUCAGCUGAGAGAUUUCCUGGACAGCAUUUUGGCCGAAAUCGCCGUCUAUACUCAUCGAAGCAGAUGCGUGAAGUUUACAGACAUUCAUUCGCUUGAGGGCAUUUUUUCCGGCUUCUGGAACCUUUCACUAGUCAACCAGUUCGGAGCUCGGGCAAGCGAGCAGACUGCUGCCACUAGAAACGAGUCGUAUUUACUUCAGACACAAUAUGGAAAAACUUUCGGAUCUGUGGACGUCGAUCGGAUUCGUGUCUCCAACACGACAACAGCGGGAGUCAAGGAGGACAUUUUGGCGGUCCGCCGUGUCGGCAGCUUCACGGAGCACGAGACGAACCACAAAAUUAUAGAACCACUUGAAAUGCCCUGCCUUGUAGACUGA